UCAGACCAAUCGUUAUAAGCCAAAAUAUUUAUGUCUGUGUAUGCUGUUGCCUAGUCGUUCGGCCAGCCUAAUAUAUUCAUCUGAAAAUGCACAUGUUUAUACUUUCAUUUCAUAAAAAUCUUUCAAACCUUUGAUAUCUCUCAAAAUAUGCAUUAAUCGGGCGAACUAGAAGUUUUUUAAUGUUCACUUUUAUUAAAAGUGUGCAUUAAGACUGACAAGCUUGGGCAUAUCUCACUAGUUGCCGGUUCGCGGGAAACAGAUAAUUAUCCUGUUGGACGGUUAACAGUUGUUGGGAGAUCAAGGUUCAAUUUAUCUUAGUUGGUAAAACUUAAACCGCCAAAACGAAGUACCCACAGGCUUACGCGGUGAACCGUCACCAGGGUCAGGGGGCUAAAAAGAUGCCAAUUCUCACUCGUGAUCACCUUGCAGCCAGAUUUCGUCAGAACUGGAUGAACAAGUACCCUCUAGAUACCUGCAGCAAUGGAGGUAUCAACCUGGAUGACAGUCUCACUAGUCUUAACUGGCUGCAGAAUCUCAACAUCAUGAAGAUAACCUCCCCUACCCCUCCCCCCAGCCCAGGACCAUGCAACAACUACUUCAACAUGGAUAAUAACAACAAGAAUAUGAAAGUGAAUCCCAACCAUGUUCUCAAUGUUUCUUGUGCUCCACCUCAGUGUAAAAUUGAACCAAAGUUUCACCUUGGGGAUCCAGCCCCUCCUUCAAGUCUAGGUGGAGAUUCUAUUGACUAUAAAACAAAUCCCUAUGUGAAACCUCCAUACAGUUAUGCUACCCUCAUCUGUAUGGCUAUGAAGGAAACCAAGAAGAGCAAAAUAACCUUGUCAGCAAUUUAUAACUGGAUUACUGACAACUUUAUGUACUACAGACUGGCUGACCCAAGCUGGCAGAAUUCCAUUCGUCACAACCUGUCACUCAACAAGUGUUUCCAGAAAGUUCCUCGUCGUAAGGAUGAACCUGGAAAAGGAGGAUUCUGGAGGAUAAACCCCGAGUACAAUGACAUGAUUGAAAAUGGAAUAUUUAAAAAGAGGAGAAACAGUCGGGAUACACCUUGCCUUCCUCCUACAAAAAAGAUUAAACGCGAGGAGGAGGAAGAAUAUUCCAGUUGUUCAAAAGGAAAGAGUAAAGAGGGACUUGUUCACAUUGGAAACCAUGAAGAUCAAGACCAUCUGAAAGGUGAUUUUAACUGGACCUCCAUUUUAAAUCAAGAUAUAGAAAUUGGAGGCAUUAGAGUGAAAACAGAAGAUUUAUUAGAUUCCAAUGACAGCUGUGAUUCAUCUCCUAUGGUAGCCAUGAGUCCACCAUCUUCAGAGUGCAAUUCAGACGAUUUCACAAUAGAGGAUCUGUUCUCUCAAACAGAGCUCUCCAACGAUCAGACCCCCCUUGACUUUGUUACAAAUGAUCCUUUAGAUUUAACCAUAAAUGGACAGCAUAUAGGUGUUCCCCAGUGGUGGGAACAGAGUUUAAACCUCUCUGGAAGUUUUAAGACUGAGCCUGAAAGUGAGGAGAAAAGUGGACUACAUACCCCCAUUGCCCCCUCCCCUGCCCCCGAGGAUCAUACAGACAAUGAACAUCCCUGGGCCAUGAAUGGCUUCGAUGAUAUUGGGGAUGCCUUUGAUGUAGAUAACUUGUUUGACCUUGAAAAUAUUCCUAGUCCAAAAAUUUAAAACAGAAGUUCCACUUCCUGACACCCCCAAUGUGUAUUAUUGUAAAUUAUUCUAUUUUUACUUUAACCUUUGGGUAUUUUUUUAAAAUCAUGUUUUAACUGGUCAGUGUAUAGGAUUUGCCUUUUCAUUUUUCUAAUCAUCUAUUUAUUGAGAAAAUUAGAAUAAAGUCCAUAACUUCAUUGUAAAGUGAAUGGAGUUUAUUCAUCAAUUUUCUCUGGUCAUUUUUUUAAUCAUGACAUAGAAACAGUAGUUUAACCUAACUGUUUGAAGUGUGAGUGGCAAGUCUUGAUGGAGAGAAUAUUUUUGCUAAUCAUUUUCCCCUAGAUGUGGUGUACAUACACAUUUUUGUAUUUUCCAUGAAAUUUGCAACUACUAACUAAACCAGAGUUGCCAUCAGUAUUAAGCAGUACUAAGUUAGAUUUAUCUCAAUGUCAGGCCAUAGGACAAUUUUUUCCUUUCGCUUUUCUGUAAAAAGUUGUCUUUAUUGGUGACCAAGAUUGCAGAAAAACUGCUUCUUCAAUUGGAGAAAGAGAGUAUACAUCUUUGAUAACAAGAAGAUACCAAGUAUUACUUAUUGAAUCCGUCCAUUUUUACCUGAAUAAUCAGACACGGGUGCAUUUGUUAGACUUCUUUGUUAUUGACUUAUUGUAAAAAUUUAUUUAUUUAUUGUUAGUGUAUGUUUCCAGUCCACUUUUUGAUAAGUGUGUAUUGUCUGUGAUAUUUUCAGUGUUGGAUAGUUGCAGCAUUUUUAUUUCUUCCUUCUAAAAGCUCUACUUACUUUCUCAGUAAUCUUAGGAUAUUCUGUGAAAGUGGGCAGAGAAUAGUGGACAUUUGACACCCUUCAGUAUUACUGGCUCACUGUGUGCCCAGAAUGUCAGAAAAUUUCAUUCAAUAUAUGUAUUUUUUGAAAAAUUUAAAGAAAAAGAAAUAAAGGAAAAAAUAUUUACAAAGAUGAACAA